AAAAUAUUCUAAAAAGUCAACCAUGACAAAGUCAUAUUUUGACUAAACAAACUUACUUCUGCCCUUGCCUAUAUAUAUCAAACAUUGCCAUACCACCAAACGUUCAAUAAAUCCUUCAAUAUAUUCUUUUUAAAAAACCAUAUCCAGUUUCACACAUUGAAACCAUCCAAACAUACCUUUUUAUUCUAAACCCAAUUUUGUCUUUCCUCAACCACCAAAGAAUUCAUCAUGAAGAGAUCCAUUACAGACAGAGAGCUUGAAAACCUAACCAUGGCCAACUGUCUGAUGUUCCUCUCUCGUGGAGGAUCAGUUAUCACUACUAGUCAUAAUCAUCAUCAUCGCCAUCUUCAUCAUCAGUUCGAGUACUCUAAUUCAUCUUCAAACCUGUCAUUAUCGCCAUCUCCAUCCCCGUCACCAAACCGGGUUUUCGAGUGCAAGACCUGUAACCGGCAGUUUCCGUCGUUCCAAGCCCUCGGCGGCCACCGAGCGAGUCACAAGAAACCACGGAUAAUGACCGGAGAAGGUGGUAACAGCUCUGAUAAUUCCCAGUCAGGUUCCCCAACCAAGCCCAAGACCCAUGAGUGCACCAUAUGUGGGCUUGAGUUCGCCAUAGGGCAGGCCUUAGGAGGUCACAUGAGGCGCCAUAGAGCCAUCUUGACCGAGCCCCAUGCUUCGGCCGUGGUGGUGCCACCGCCUCUUGAUAUUGCUCCUUUGCAAGUACGGCCGGCGGUUGUGAAGAAGACCAAUAAUAGGGUUUUGUGUUUGGAUUUGAACCUCACGCCUUUGGAAAACGACAUCAAGAUUCUUCAGCUUGGGAAAUCAGUUCCUUUGGUUGAUUGUUUCUUUUAAACAAUCAUAUACUACAUAUAUAGUUUAUGCUCAUCACAUACAUAUAUAUAUACAUAUAUUUAUAUGCUAUUAUCUAUAGUUUAUGUAGUUAGUUAGUAAUCGUAUAGGGCCUGAGGCUGAGGAGAGAGUUUUUACUUCUCUCUUUCUUUUUCUUUUCAUUUAUUUUUUUUAAUAUAGGGCGCUGCGGAUUUAUUGUUUCGUUUAUGUGUUUUUUAAGUUUUGUUGUAUGGCCUUCGAGGCUGUACUCAUGUGUAUGCAUUUGAUCACAUUUGUACAUUUGUUCAUUAUUUACUUACAUAAUAUAAUACAAUAAGUUCAUUAUGAUCACUUGAAAAA